AUGGGCCUAGAGGUUGAGUCUGCUGUGUGUGGGGUUGGGCCAAACACUGAGCCCCUUCAAGCCACUGAAAUCACUCAAGUCCAUGGCUCAAUGAUCAAAACUGGUCUUGAUCUCGUACCCUUCACAUUGAGCAAACUUCUUGCAGCUUCAAUACUAGAUAUAAACUAUGCAGCCUCUAUUUUCAGAAGUAUACAAAACCCAAAUCUUUUUAUGUUCAAUACUAUGCUUAGAGGCUAUUCGAUUAGUGAUGACCCGAAACAAGCUUUUGUUGUCUUCAAUUACAUGAGGGCUCAAAAUAUUUUGCUAGACCAGUUCAGCUUUAUCACAACCCUCAAAUCUUGUGCCCGUGUAUUGGCUUUUUGGACCGGCUUUGGGGUUCAUUCAAUUGUUAUUCAAUUUGGGUUUGAUUUGUUUAUCAACGUAAGGAAUACCCUUUUGCACUUCUUUGGUGUUUGUGGAAGAAUUGAAGAUGCCCACCAACUGUUUGAUGACUUUCCUAAAGAAAGAGAUUCGGUGUCGUGGAACACCUUGAUGGGUGGUUAUCUUCAUGUAUCUCAGCAUGCUGUGGUUCUAAUUUUGUUCAGACAAUUGUGUAGGGAUGGCUCUGGUGUUGGUGUCACCACAAUGUUGAGUGCUUUGUCAGCUGUUACUGAUUUGGAUAAUCUUUUGGGAGGAGAGUCACUACAUGGGCAGUGCAUCAAGAUUGGGUUUUGCCUUGAUUUGAAUGUGGUCACUGCUUUAAUUGCAAUGUAUGGGAAAACUGGUUACAUCAAUUUAGGACGUAGAGUUUUUGAUGAAGUUCAUAUAAAGGAUAUUGUUCUAUGGAACUGUUUAAUGGAUGGGUAUGCUAAAAGUGGCCUGCUAGAAGAGUCAUUAGCUUUACUACAGUUAAUGAAACUGGGACGAGUGAAACCCAAUUCAUCUACACUGGCUGGGUUACUUUCAGCUUGUGCUGCCUCUGGAGCUUUGGCUGCAGGUGAGUGUGUCCAUGACUAUGUCAAGGAGCAGCAGUUGGUAUUGGAUGCAGUUCUUGGUACAGUGCUAGUGGAUAUGUAUUCUAAAUGUGGGUUACUGGGGAAGGCCAUUGAUAUUUUUGAUAGAAUGGAGACCAAAGAUGUGAAAUCUUGGACAGCCAUGAUAUUGGGAUACGGGUUCCAUGGGCAGGCGAAAAAUGCCAUUACACUUUUUUACAGGAUGGAGGAGGAAGGGUUUUGGCCUAAUGAAGUCACUUGCUUGGCUGUGUUGAGUGCUUGUAGCCAUAGAGGACUGGUGACGGAGGGAAUGGACUGUUUCGAGAGGAUGAUUCGAAAAUAUGGCUUGACACCUAAGCUCGAACACUAUGGCUGCAUGAUUGAUCUCUUGGGUCGUGGAGGGUUGCUAGAGGAAGCACAUAGACUAAUCAAGAGCUUGCCCAUUGAGGGUGAUGCCACUGCAUGGCGUGCAUUACUUGCAGCAUGCAGAGUUUAUGGAAACGUUGAUUUGGGGGAAGUUGUCAACAGAGUAUUGCAGGAAAUUGAUAAACACCCAGCAGAUUUGAUCAUUCUUUCCAGUACAUAUGCAAUUGCUGGGAGAAUGUCAGAUCAAACGAGUGUGGUAGAGGCAAAGGAAGGGAACAUAGUCAGAGAGACUGAAUGGAGUCCAAUUGGAAUGAAGGAAGCUGGAUGUAGCUCUAUUGAGUUGAUUAAUAAGGGACCGGAGCAGAGCUGGGAACUUGGGAAUGCCAAUAAGGACCACACCAUAGGUGUACCAUAUGGAACAUCCUGUGCUUGA